AUGUCGGACAUCCUCACCCAACUCCAAGACGCGAUCGACAUCCUCGUCCAACAAAUGUACGCCGGCCUCAUGUACACCAACACGCGCCACCCCUACGGCUCCAUCCCCGCCCAACCGCACGACGCCUCCCGCGACAUCGGCAACCCAGCGGCGGCGGCGGCCGAAAACGGCGGGCCGAGCAUCACAGGCAACGACAACCGGCCGCGCACGCCUCCGCCGGACCCCAGCUUCGCCGUCACCCAGCACGAGAUCGCGAGCGACAUCAUCCUCAACAUGGCGCGCAUCAACGCGCUCGCCGACCGCCUGCCCGGCAUCGGCUUCAGCGAGCAGCAGCAGCUGGCGCGGCUGGCGGAGCUGGAUCGGGAGUUGAGGGAGGAGCAGGAGAGGCUGGAGAAGGCGAGGGUGGAGAAGGAGAGGUUGUUGGGGUUGUUGGAUGAGAGGAUCAUGAAGGCGAGGAGGCCGUGA